AUGGCAGAAAAGCGCGCCGAAUCCAUUGAGAUGGCGCCACCAGAUGGCCAUCAUGGCUGGACAGGCGACACCUCUGCUGAGGCUCGCGCCGCCACAGAGGCAGAACAUUCCCUCAACAUCCGCCAGGCCAUCCAGAAAUACCCCAAGGCCUGUUUCUGGUCCUGCGUUGUGUCGCUAGUAAUCAUCAUGGAUGGUUACGAUACAGCCCUCCUCGGGUCACUCUUCGCCUUUCCCGACUUCCAAAAGCGCUUCGGCAUUGCCAAUCCUGCCAAGCCAGGUACAUACCAGCUCGAGCCUAAGUGGCAGACAGCUCUUGGCCUGGCUAGUUCCCUGGGAGGCAUCGUUGGUAUUUUCUUCAACACGUGGAUGACGGAGAGGAUCGGACACAAAAAGACACUUCUGAUCUCUUUAUUCUGGUUGGCUGGAACCAUCUUCAUCUCCUUCUUUGCCCCGUCAGUCGAGGUUCUGUUUGUUGGUCAACUGCUUUGUGGGCUAGGAUGGGGUGUCUUCACCACAAUGGGGCCUGCGUAUGCCUCUGAAGUCGCGCCGGUUGUCCUUCGUGCGUACCUUGAGACCUACGUUGUCCUAUGCUGGGGCAUUGGUCAGCUCCUCUCUUAUGCUGUUCUGGACUCACUUGUUGGUAACAAGAGUAUCUGGGCCUGGAGGAUUCCCUUUGCCGUGCAGUGGGUAUGGCCUGUUAUCAUCGCACCUCUGAUGUUCUUCUGCCCCGAGUCUCCUUGGUGGCUGGUCCGCAGUGGAAAAUUGGAAGAAGCCAAGAAAUCCCUGAAGAGGCUUACAUCAAUGUCAGACCAAGAGCUUCAGAACCAGCUAUCUCUCAUGGUGGAAACAACGGAGCUGGAACGCAGCAUCACAGAGGGAGCUUCGUAUCUCGACUGCGUCAGGGGCUCCAACCUGUGGCGCACGGAAAUCGCAUGUGUUGCCUGGGCGAGUCAAGUCCUCGUUGGCUUUGGUGUCUCCUCAUAUGCCACUUACUUUUUCGAACAAGCCGGCAUGUCGACCAAGAACGCUUACAAGUUGACUGUUGGCCAAGGCGGUCUUCACUUUGUCACCGUCCUUCUGUCCGUUUUCAUCGUCGCGCGACAUGGACGGCGAUCGAUUUACAUUUGGGGCUGCCUCCUUAUGUCCGCUGCCAUGUUUGUGAUUGGCUUCGUAGCUAUCCCAAGCCAAAGUAGUGCCACAGGAGGUGUGUCUGCAGCCUUCUACUACGUCUGGUACUCUACCUACGAGAUGACCAUUGGUCCGAUUGCCUACAUCAUCGUCGCCGAGGUCUCCUCUACGCGCCUUCGCUCCAAGACAAUUGGUCUCGCUCGUAAUGCCUACAACGUCAUCAAUAUUGCGGCCACAUGCGUUGUCCCUCAUAUACUGAACCCCACUGCUGCAAACUGGAAGGGUAAGUCUGCUUUUCUGGCUGCGGGCUUUUGUAUCCUCUGCGCCGUUUGGGCUUGGUUUCGUCUUCCUGAGCUAAAGGGUCGCACGUACGAGGAGCUCGACAUUUUAUUCACUAAAGAUCUAAGUGCUCGGGAGUUCAAGGGCUACGAAUUCGAUAAUAAUAUCGACAUUGAUGAGAAGCUGGGUGUUGAGCAUAAAGAAUGA